GAGGUCCAUCACUCCCUCUGGGCCAAUGAGACGCUCCGGCUCAGGAUCACCUCUCCAAUAAAAGCGGACAGUGUGAGUCUGCGGAGACAGUCUGAGGAUCGCACAUCUUCAUCCAACUCUUCCACCACUGCUCAGAGGAAUGAAAGGCGCUGUGUUAGGCUUUCUCUACUCAUUCUUUCUUUUGUCUUUCAUCCCGAUCACUUCUUCCAUGUCUCUCGAUUUAACCGAGCUGAGGAAUAAAGUUUCCAAGAUCAAAGUUAAUCCAAGGGGAAAUCUCUGGGCAACAGGGCAUUUUAUGGGGAAGAAAAGCUUGGUGGACAGCUCUCAUAUGGAUUCAUCUUCAUAUGAGGACGACGGUUUUGUGGAGAAGCAGGCUCUCAGCUCAGUGCACAAUACCAAAGACAUGUCCGCUGUGCUGCUCCGUCUGAUGAACCAGCCCGGACCUCACAAACGCUCCCAGCAAACAAGAGGGGACCCAUCCUGAUCAGCUCUUACCCCUUUUAUUGGGAUUUAAAAAGGC